AUGUCUCCCUCUCAAAAAGCAAAGGAAAAACAAGUUGCAGAGCCGGAGCCGGAACAGCCUGGACAUGACGACGGGGAGGAGAGCGGUUCCGACGUCUCCGACGGUGAACAGACGGUGAUCGGCAGCGCGCUCCCCGAGGCGAGUACACCGUCUACUUCGAGCAAGAAGAAAAAGAAGAAGCGGUCGAAAGCCCUCAAAGCCCUCAACGCGAUCCGAACAGGCCACAAGGAUGGAAUCCCAGAAAGCCUCGUGAACGUUGUUUUGGACAAGGUGCGAGAAGGAGGCGAUGAAGAGGUGGCGAGAAGUGCGGAUGCCGCGACAGUGCGACUGGCUCUAGAACAGAUGAAAAUCAAGGAUGUCUUGCAAGGAAAGGCGGGCAUUGGGGGCAAGAAUAAGAAAGAUGCGGGCGAUCACAAAUUCUGGACAACCCAGCCUGUCCCUCAACUUGGCGAAGAACCUCCGACUUCUGACGGUUAUAUUGAGCCAUCUAAACCGCCAGAAGAGGUCAGGCAGGAACCAUAUCCUUUGCCCAAAGAUUUUGAGUGGUCGACCAUCGAUGUUGAUGAUCCUGUCCAGCUGCGCGAAGUAUACGAACUGCUAUCGGCGAAUUACGUCGAGGAUGACGAUGCCACCUUCCGUUUUCUGUAUUCUGCAGAGUUCCUGCAAUGGGCUCUCAAGCCUCCUGGGUACCACAAAGAAUGGCACAUAGGUGUCCGUGUAGCUUCAAACAAAAAGCUCGUUGCGUUCAUCUCGGGCGUGCCACUGACGGUCCGCGUUCGAGAAAAUACUUUCAAAGCCAGUGAAGUCAACUUCCUCUGCGCGCAUAAGAAGCUCCGUUCAAAGCGAUUAGCACCUGUACUCAUAAAAGAGAUUACGCGGCAAUGUAAUCUCAAGGGCGUUUUCCAGGCACUCUACACCGCUGGUGUAUUAUUACCGACUCCAAUUUCGACUUGCCGAUAUUACCAUCGUUGCCUCAAUAUCAAGAAACUCGUUGACAUAGGUUUCACGAUCGUUCCCCCAACCAUGACAAUGGCUCGUUUAAUUCGUUUGAACAAGCUGCCCGAUAUUCCACGUCUUCUCAGCCAAGGGCUUCGUGAGAUGGAGGAGCGCGAUAUACCCAAAGUAAUGGAUCUCUAUGCAACAUACACACGACGCUAUGACAUGGCACAUGCCAUGUCACGGGAGGAGAUCAAGCAUUAUUUCACGAGUGGUGGCGGCCAGGGACCACGGACUGAGGACAGUUGGAAGAUUCCCCGUGAAGGUCAAGUAGUAUGGACGUACGUUAUUGAGAAUCCUACAACACAUAAAAUCACGGAUUUUUUCUCGUUCUACUCUCUGCCGUCGACUGUCAUGAAUUCGAGUCAACACGAUCUGCUCAAAGCAGCGUAUCUAUACUACUACGCCACUGAUGUAGCGUUCCUUGAUCGCUCAGAGAACGAUGGUCGACUCAAACGACGUUUGGAGGAACUCAUAGGCGACUGCCUCAUCGUCGCUAAUCAAGCUGGCUUCGAUGUGCUCAAUGCAUUGUCAAUGAUGGACAAUGUCCAAUUUCUGACAGAUCAUCGAUUUGGCAAGGGCAAUGGCAUGUUGAAUUUUUACUUGUACAACUGGCGUACUGCCCCACUGGCUGGUGCGAAUCCGAUCGAUGGCGUACCAGCAGGGAUGGGGGUUGGUAUCGUGAUGUUAUGA